AUGACUCUCAGUUCCAUUACAUUACACAUAAUAGGGGAGUUUUGUUAAUUAAGAGCCGCGAUGCUCAAUCUGAACAUUAACAACCGUCGCUUGGUUUUGGAAGCAUAAGGACCUUGUCUUUCAUUUCGGCUAAAUUGAUACACAUCUUUAUAGGGUUAGGAUUCUCACACAGUCAUACUUCCCUGUUAUAGAUUGAAGACAUAGUGGACUACAUGUGCUAACUAACUAACUUCUCCUAACACCUGUGUGUAGAUGGAAGACAGAUGCCACAAACAUGUUUUCAUUGAAAAAUACUGUCUGCUGUGUUUAAACCAAUGAAAACGGUAUACAGUACAGUAAGUUUGUAUUUUGCAUUUGUGAAAUUAUUUUAAUGUGAUAUGAAAACAGAGGGAUUUAUGUUUCUAGAACAGUACCAUAAUUGAUAUUUGAUUCACGUUUAGAUGGAGUAUUUGGCUGUUUCGGCUUCCAGAGCCAAUUCACCCAUUAAACAGAACAUGUACGGUUCUUGGACUACGGAGUAACGUUAGGCUCCUUUAGUCCAAUAUAGGGCGAGUCACUAUUGAGUGUCAGUAAACAGAAUUAUCAUUUUAAGAUUUUGGUAAUUUGGUAAUAGUUUUAAACAUUUAGAAGUGAACCCUAAUAUAUUUGUGAUUAUUAUGAUUCUGUAAAUUUUUUUUAAAAAACCCUGAAGAAUAGGGAGUUUAUUUGAAUUCCUUUUUAUUUUAUGACUAGGUCAUUGCAAUUGUCCCUUUACUAUAAAGAUUGAAAUGUAGAUAUGUAUACAGUGAUAUGUUCUAUGAAAUGUUGCCCACGAUAACACUUCCUGAUGGACACUAACAGUAUUUUGAAGUUGCAGGGAUAUUCUUGAAUUGGAAGAGGAUGUAUUCUAUAGGUAGACUAUGCAUUCAAUAAUUGUUGUUGACACUGGCACAACCACACACAGACCUUUGAAAGGCCAGUCAGUUUCCUAAAACAAAAGUGUGUAGAUGGGAUGCAAAUGACAGACAACAUAGAUGUUGACUGGCCCAUGUUGUGCUUUAUGAAUAAACAUAGGAAAACAUCUUUAAUGCAUGAGUCUGGUUCAGUGGAUAAAUAGGAAUGAUGGGAGGACUGUUGAAUGCAUUGGUUCUAUCCAAAGGCCAACUAACUAAGGAAAGAACUUCCAACUCAUCUAAUAUUUUAUUAGGAAUCAGGUGGAACAACGGCUUAUCAGUUUCUAUAUGUAGACCAGGGCCACUGAGUUUGCAUUGAAGAUUACAGGAGGGAGGGCAGUAUUUGCAUAGGUCAGACAAUACUUUAGGAUCAGCAUCAAAAAACAAGGAGGACGAGGACCAGGCACUCUUCAUAUAUUUAAAAGGUCCUCCUUGUUUUUUGAUGACCAAUUAACCCCUUUAUCAAGAGCACCUUCAAUUUACAAAUAACUACUAUUGUAUCCUAGCAGCACAUCCCUUUGUUGUUUUUUCUACAAUCUGUAGGAGCAGGUUGGUUUGUAAUGAUAUAGCUAGGUAGGCAGAAUAAUGUUUAGUCAAGCCCCCGUAAGUUGUUGCUUACGCGUCUUAUCCCAGUGUCAACAGUGACAGCUGGACUGUAAUAGCUGUACAUGUAACAGCGAGGGACAAACAGGGCUUCCCAGUAACAUCUCCAUUGUCAAACAGUCACACAAUCAGAUUAUAUCUCGGCUAUGUUACUAGGUAAGGUUUUGGGGAAAGCUUAAGUCAGACAGAUAGAAGGAGAGAGAGAGUGCUUGUGUGUGUGCUUCAGAGAGAGAGGGAGAGGAAGAGAGUGAUUAUCUAAAGAUAAGGACGUUUAUGGGUACAGCAUCACAGAUAUAUGGCAGUUUGAACUGUUGAACGGCCAGGCCUAUGUUUGUUCAGUAGGCCGUAGCUCACAGACGUGGAAGAGGAGUCAAGCUGUUGACAUCGAUCAUCUCCCUACCCACUCCCUCAGUCAUAGGAGUCUUUUCCAACACGCUGUGGGAAAAAAAGGACUUCUGGUCAGGCUGAGAAAAACAUCAGUUGUUUUUUCUGUCUGCUGAGUAGUAGUCUUCAUUGACAGUCAGAGACAAAAAAGGACAUUGUUUUGUAUUCUAUGUUUUGUACAAAUUAAUAUAGUUUUGAUAGAGGUAUGGUUAUGUAAAAUACCCAUGUGGUAUAGAACAACCCUGCCUCCCGAACUGAUGCCACUCUUCUACCUUAAUUCAUCAAUCCCUUCCCUGGUUGUUGUUCUUUCAGAGGGUGUGACACUGACCCUCACCCCUGACCAGGGCACUACUCUCAACGUCAGCCAGAGUUCAGAGCGCGGCAGGGGGUCAAAGUCUACUGUAUGCACCGGUACAGGCUUGAAGAAGUCCUGCUCCAGGGCUGGAAGUGAUUAUGUGGUGCUGCUGACAGACCCCAAAGCUGCUGUGAACAUGGAGUUCACCUGCACCAAACCAGAGGAAGUCUUCACUGUGGAAGUGGUCAGGGAAAUAGAUUGUACCACAAGGUCCUGUAAUGGAGACAUCAUCCCCAUUGAGUCUAGAACUAGAAUGCUUCUACUCCAGAACUUCAACCAUACCUUUAUCUGGAACCUGAAGGCCCCGGUUCCACGGGCGUUCCAUUUGGUCUUCACCCAGAUGGGGCUGAGACAGAUCCUGCCCUCUGAGAGAUGUCCAGACCAGCACACGUAUACCCUGCUAGCCCUCCAGAGGACAGGGGAGGCUGCCAUCGGGACAAUUCCAGAAAAGGAUGUCAUGGCUUUAGAAGCUUCUGAUAGGCUAAUUUACAUCAUUCAUGGCACGGUAGAGCUCCUGCCCACUACUGGCAGCCUCAGGCAGUCCCUGCCAGAACAACCCUGCAACGGCUAUGUCACUCUCACCGUGGCCGAGGACAAUGACGGCACCACCGUGGGUCAGUUCUGCCCUCAGGGAGCCAUACACAAAGUCCAGGUCCACACCAACGUGUCCAUCACAGCUUCAGUCUCGACAAUGGGAGGGAAAGAGAUGUGGCCAUUCUCUUACCCUUUACUCAUCUCCUUCACCAGGGAGAUUGCAGGAGUACCGACGCUCCUGGCCACCCCUAGUUGUCCUGUGGGAAUGAAGUCCUACUCCACUGUGUCCUGGAUCGCCGAUGUCCCCUCUAAGCUGGAAGCCCAACAUCAGCCAGCCCAAGUGCAGCAACCACCACACGGGGUGCAAAUCCUGGGCUCCCUGGAAGAGAUGUACAGCCGGCGGGAGGACGAGGAGGCAGGCAGGAAGAUCACUGUCUCAGAGAGCUUCUACCUCAACAUGUCCAUCUGUAUGCCUGAGAGAGGAGACUUCAGCGUGCUCACACAGAUCACACUGCACAAGGACAAGAGAAGAAGAAGAGACAGCUGUCUCACCAAGUGUCCAUCUACAACCCCAACGGGACCAGAGCACAACGGGAGGUUCCCCAAAUCACGAAAAGACAACGAGUCCCACAUCUAUGCCUCGAUCGAGGACACACUUGUAUACAGCCAUCUCCUGCGAGAUGGGGCAGAGAUGGGUGUCUAUGGAGACCAGGCUGUGGAUGUGUACCAGAGCUUUACUGGGCCCACAGAGACUAAGCCCCUCUCUCUGGGGGCAGUCACUGAACGUCCAGAGGUGGGCGUCUACCAGCCUUUUGUGCCCCCAUCCCAUAUUGCCCCACCCGUCCCCAAUGGACCCUUAAGUUAA